CCCACCCAACUCGAAAACUGUUUUCCCCUCUAGUAGCAGAAAAAAGGCAACAACUCAAGACCGCCGUCGGUGACUCUUAUUGCUACCCGGCCGAGAGACUGACGGGAAACGGGGAAAGCAAAGAACGGGGAAAGCAAGCGCAAAUGGCCUACUUGAGCAUGGGAGAAUCACACCGAAGAAUCACUGACUACCUCAAUAGGUUCGCCGACGCUAUCAACUACCAGGACGGAGAUUCUCUGGCUCGGCUAUUCUCCGUCUCGUCCGACUCCCCCUCUCUCCUCUCGCUCGCUGACGCUCUCAACGUCUUCCAGGAUGCUAAUAGACUGAUAAAGCAAUCGGAGAAAUUCUCGCAAUUUGGGGAAGUAGUAGCUCCGUUCUUUCGUUCCCUGCAAUGCUAUCGAAUUGGCAACUUGGUCGAUGCUUACGGAGCAUUUGAGAAAGCUUCAAAUGCCUUUAUACAGGAGUUCCGGAACUGGGAAUCGGGUUGGGCGUUGGAGGCACUCUAUGUCAUUGCUUAUGAAAUACGGGUUCUUGCGGAGAGGGCAGAUAGAGAGCUGGCUUCGAAUGGGAAAUCACCGGAGAAAUUGAAAGGAGCGGGUUCAUUCCUCAUGAAAGUGUUCGGUGUUCUUGCUGGGAAAGGUCCGAAGCGUGUCGGAGCACUGUAUGUGACUUGUCAGUUGUUCAAAAUAUACUUUAAGGGAGUUCUUGAACAUAAAGUUUCAGGAAAUGCCAGAAUUCUAACAGUUACUGGUUUGCAGCUUGGCACAGUUAAUCUUUGCCGUAGUGUGAUAAGAAGUAUAGAAACUGCCCGAAUAUUCGAUUUUGAGGAAUUUCCGAUAAGGGAUAAGGUCACUUACAUGUACUACACUGGCCGUCUGGAAGUUCUCAAUGAAAAUUUUCCAGCUGCAGAUCAAAAGUUGUCCUAUGCCUUAACACAUUGCUGUCUCAGCAAAGAGGCCAAUAUAAGGAUGAUACUGAAAUAUUUGAUACCAGUGAAGCUUUCAAUAGGCAUUUUACCAAAGAAACAGCUCCUUGAAAACUAUGAUUUAGUUGAGUACAACAACAUUGUGGAAGCCCUAAAGAGGGGCGAUCUCCGACUGCUCCGAAGUGCUCUCCAAGAGAAUGAAGAUCAGUAUGUUUCUACGAUCAGGAGUUUAUCUUGUCCUAGAGAAGCUAGAGCUUCAAGUUUAUCAAAGAUUACUAAAGAAAAUCACAAUCCCCACAGCUACAUCAUCCAAAAGCAAAAGGACCCUAGCAAAGCUCACCAAGUGAAGUUGGAAGUGAUUGUUAAAGCAUUAAAAUGGCUCGAGAUUGAAAUGGACUUGGAUGAGGUGGAGUGCAUAGUGGCAAUUUUGAUAUAUAAGAACCUUAUGAAAGGUUAUUUUGCCCACAAGAGCAAGGUUGUAGUGUUGAGCAAGCAAGACCCUUUUCCCAAAUUAAACGGGAAGCCGGUUGCUUCUUAGGGAUUCAAUGCCCUGUUUGGCGACAGUAGAAGUAUACGCUAAGUUCUGACCGUGUUACUAUAAGCAGCUUACUUCAGUUUACUAUACUGAAAGUGUCGAGAAGACUUUAUAUAUGUUGUACGUUAUAAUUCAAUUUUGAUUUGCAGCCUUCUCUUGUUUACAAAAAUUUCAUUCCUAUUUUCGUAGCCUCCUGUUAAGUAACCA